UAUACACAAACAUGAAACCUGCCCAAACUGAGAGAGAGAGAGAGAGAGAGAGAUGGGGAGGCCAUCCAUAAGUGCAAUGCUACUUUGUUCAAUGUUGAUAGCCACGCCAAUGGUUCACUGCAUAGCUCAAGGACCAAAAGCUGUGGAAGAUUGGUUCCAAAACCUCAGCCACAAAAAGGAGAAGGUAACAAAGCUUCACUUCUACUUUCACGACAAUGUCAGUGGCAAGAACCCAACAGCCGUCCAAGUAGCCAAAGCCAACACGACCUUCACCUCACCCACGUUUUUCGGCCUGGUCAACGUAAUCGACGACCCAUUGACGGUUGGGCCAGAACCCGAUUCAACAAUUGUGGGCCGAGCCCAGGGGUUUUACGGUUUGGAUAGACUGGAGCAGUUGGGCCUGAUCAUGACUUUGAACUUUGUCUUCACUACCGGAAAAUACAAGGGUAGCACUCUCAGCGUCUUGGGCCAGAAUCAGGUACUUGAGACAUACCGCAAGCUCCCCAUCGUCGGCGGAUCCGGUGUUUUCCGACUAGCGCGUGGGAUUGCCACAGCGAAGACGAAUUUGUUCAACCUAACCACGGGUGAUGCUGUGGCUGAGUACCAUGUUAUUGUCAUUCAUUAUUGAGUACCUCAUCAUUGCCCCCAGUACUUUACCCUCUCUCUUUCCUGUCGUCUUUAUGCUAUGAUAUGGUAGUAUAUCA